AUGGGCUCGGUGGGAGCCGAGCGCUUCAAGGAGCUGAGCCCGGCAGCGACGCCCGAGGGGAACGUGGUGAUGAGCUUCAGCUUCGACAGCUACCAGCUGGAGGAGGACGAGCUGCAGCGGGGCAGCCAGGCCAAGGGUGUCCUCACCUUCAUGGAGCCAGUUUCUGAGGACCCUGAGCCCCAGGAUCGAUACCAUGGGAUUUAUUUUGCCAUGCUGCUGGCUGGGGUGGGAUUUCUCCUGCCCUACAACAGCUUUAUCACUGAUGUGGAUUAUCUGCACCAUAAAUACCCAGGGACCUCCAUCGUCUUUGACAUGAGCCUCACCUACAUCCUGGUGGCCUUGGUGGCCGUCAUCCUCAACAACGCGCUGGUGGAGCUGCUGAGCUUGCACACCCGGAUCUCCGUGGGCUACCUCUUCGCCCUGGGGCCCCUGCUCUUCGUCAGCAUCUGUGACGUGUGGCUGGAGCUGUUCAGCCGCAGACAAGCCUAUGCCAUCAACCUGGUGGCUGUCGGGGUGGUGGCCUUUGGCUGCACAGUGCAGCAAUCCAGCUUCUAUGGCUACACGGGGCUGCUGCCCAAGCGCUACACGCAGGGAGUGAUGACGGGCGAGAGCACCGCCGGGGUCAUCAUCUCGCUCAGCCGCAUCUUCACCAAGCUGCUGCUGUCCGACGAGAAGGAGAACACCGUCAUCUUCUUCUUCAUCUCCAUCGGCAUGGAGCUGACCUGCUUCAUCCUCCACCUCCUGGUGAAGCGCACGCGCUUCGUGCGUUACUACACCGACUGCUCCCGCAAGGGCCACCCCGACAGCCGCGGGGCCACCGACCCCGGCACCGGCUACCGCGUCCACCACGAUGUCACCUCCGAGGACGUGCGAUUUGUAAGCCAAGGGUGGGUUUCCCUGCCGGCCCCUGGGGGGCAGCCGAACUCCCCCCGGGGCAGCCCCGGCCCCGAAGCUGAGCUGGCUGGGAGUGGCACCUACAUGCGCUUCGAUGUCCCUCGGCCCAAGAUCAAGAGGAGCUGGCCCAGCUUCCGAGACAUGCUGCUCUACCGCUACGUCGUGUCCCGCCUCAUCUGGGCCUACAUGCUCUCCAUCGCCAUGACCUACUUCAUCACACUGUGCCUCUUUCCCGGGCUGGAGUCAGAGAUCCACAACUGCACGCUGGGGGAAUGGCUCCCCAUCCUCAUCAUGGCCAUCUUCAACCUCUCUGACUUCGUUGGCAAGAUCCUGGCUGCCCUGCCCUACGACUGGAGAGGGACCCACCUCCUCGUCUACUCCUGCCUCCGUGUGGUCUUCAUCCCCCUCUUCAUCAUGUGUGUCUACCCCAAUGGGCAGCCCACCUUCGGCCACCCCGCCUGGCCCUGCAUCUUCUCCCUCCUCAUGGGCAUCACCAACGGCUACUUCGGCAGCGUCCCCAUGAUCCUGGCCGCGGGCAAAGUGAGCCCGGAGCAGCGGGAGCUGGCAGGGAACACCAUGACCGUGUCCUACAUGACGGGCUUGACGCUGGGCUCGGCCGUGGCCUAUUUUGCCUACAGCCUCACCAGUACUUCCCACAGCUCCUGUUUCUACACUGAGACCUCCAAUGGCUCCUUCACCCUGGGGUACUGAGCCCUGGGGUGGGGCAAUGGGGACAGGAUGGAACCUGCUUCCCACCAUGGUCCCCAGUGCCCCACAUCCCUCCUCAAAGAGGGAGUUGGGAGCCAGAAAGCCACCCCAGCAUGGACAAGGACUGGCACCCUGUUGGCACAGGGCUGUGGCAUUCCAAAACGGCCUGUGCUGCCCAGCCAGGCACUGUGCAGGGCCACUGCUUGGGGUGACAUUCCUCCCACCCCAGGGGACAGUUCUUGUUGUUUGUGGGGGUCUCCCCAUCAGCAAUGUGUAGCUCUCCAGUGAAGGCUGGGGAUCUUCUGUUUGUACCAAGCCAUUGACAGGAGGAAGAAAAUACUGCCAAAUCCCAAAGGGAAUAGGACCAGCACUGGGGAGGAGGAUAAUGGAGGGCUGGUAACGAAGAAGAAGGGCAAGAGAGGAAGGAAAUGCUCCUUCAGUCCUGCAGGCUCUGGGAAGGUGGGUCUCGACUUCCAUUGAUGGUGCUGCAGGUUUUCACCAGGAAUGGCUUGAAAUGACAGUCCCUCCCUAAAUAUGCGAAUCACUUCUGAUGGUUGGGGAAAGAUUUUUUUUUUUUAAUUGUGUCUUGUUUUACCCUAACUAUAACAGAGGCAGGGUCUUGCCUCCCCCCACCCCACACUGUGAAUCUGCCCCACUGCAAGGGGUAGAGGGGGGGUCCCAAGGCUACAGCACUGCCAGUGCCAACUGCAGGCCACUGCUGAGCUUCAAGAUUUAUUGCACAGGACGUAAGUGAAGCUGAUUCAAUAAUUAAACGUCUUUGCAAC